GAUGGGGAAGUAAAGGACAUUGUCUUUAUUUCACUGUACUGCUUAAUUUUUGUUUAGUUUUUGUACAGAAUUUGCACUUGAGUCUAAAGGAGAGGUUGCAGCUCUGUUCAGAUGUUUUUUUGUCCCACAGUUAGCUUGGGUGCAUUCUACUAGGAAAGCUUCUGUGCCUUAACUAUAAUUUGCAACUCAUGCGGCAUCAAGCUGAGAAACAGCAUUAGGCUUCCUGCUUCUAGUCAACAAGGUAAAAGACCCACCUGUGCUCAUGUCCCUAUGGACAAAGCAGCAGGGGUGUUAUGAUCUGUGUUCAGCUUUCCUCAGACAGCAAAAGAGGAUGAGGAUCUACCAGACAGAAAAAGCCUUGCCACGGCUGCCUGCCAAGCAGACCCAGUUACAAGAGCCAGAGGGAUGGUUGUAGUCACGGGGCAGACCAAAGUGUGUGGACACCUGGGCGAUGCCAUGUCGAGCUCAGAUGCAGAGGAUGAUUUUCAGGAGCCUGCCACUCCAACAGCAACCCAGGCAGAGCACUCCCUGCCCCUGCUUCCUCAGCAGUUCCCUGAAGUGAUUCCACUAAAUGUCGGAGGCACCCAUUUCAUGACCAGGCUGUCAACACUGAGACGUCAUGAAGAUACCAUGUUGUCAGCCAUGUUCAGUGGCCGGCAUUACAUCCCAACAGAUGCUGAGGGCAGAUAUUUUAUUGACAGAGAUGGAACAUUCUUUGGAGAUGUACUUAAUUUUCUACGAUCUGGUGACCUACCUCCAAGAGAACGGGUAAGGUCUGUUUACAAGGAAGCUCAGUAUUAUUCCAUAGGACCAUUGCUAGACAGUCUAGAAGAGCUCCAGCCCCUGAAAGGAGAGAAAGUCCGGCAGGCUUUCCUGGGCUUAAUGCCCUAUUACAAAGAACACUUAGAGCGAAUCAUUGAAAUAGCUAAGCUGCGGGCAAUGCAAAGAAAAGCUCGAUUUGCUAAGCUAAAGAUCUGUGUCUUCAAAGAAGAGAUGCCCAUCACGCCCUAUGAGUGCCCAUUUUUCAACUCCCUCCGUUUUGAAAGGAGUGAAGGAGAGGCCAAGCUUUUUGAGCACCAUUGUGAGGUGGAUGUGUCCUUUGGGCCAUGGGAAGCUGUGGCAGAUGUGUAUGACCUCCUCCAUUGCAUUGUGACGGACCUUUCCAAUAGGGGCAUCACAGUGGACCACCAGUGUAUUGGGGUGUGUGACAAACACUUGAUUAACCAUUACUACUGCAAGCGCCCAAUCUAUGAAUUCAAGAUCACAUGGUGGUAGGCCGUUAGCACAAGGAGCAUGAAAGAGAGCAGGCUGGUGUUUAACCCUCUUUGUGUUUUACCAGUCUGAGUUCUCUGAACUGUGGUAUUGCUGGUAUGUGUUGGAAUCUGUCUAUCUUGCAGGAGGAUUUGUCCUCCAAUCCUAGCUAUGGAGCUCACUGGAAUUCGCCCUACACUUCUUGCUUCAAAGAAGAAAAAUCCUCCUAAAAGGAAGCAUGUUAAUGUGGAUGCUACAGAAUAGUCACAGGCAUAGAUAAGAGUGAUCAUGUUGCUUACAGAGCAUGCAGAGGUUUUUAAAGGGCUCUUACACACUGCUGACCUCCCUCACUCGCUUUGCACUGCUUUGCAAAAGUGGAUCUUGCUGGAGUGGAAUUUUUCAAAGGAUUUGUUUCUGCAGAGAGACUCAGUUGGCUGUUAUGUAGCCACCUGGUGGCAGAAGUGUAUAGCAGCACUUUAUUUUAUACAACGUCCACUUCUGGCCUCAUGAUUUCAUUGUUGUUACAACCUUUAGAACAAAAGAAUGAAGUAUCUCUGAAUACGGAGGUGAUUUAGAAGUGAUUUUUUAAGACAAUGGCUGAAAAUUCCAUAGGUCUGUGUUUUAAAUACUGUUUUAACUAUAAAUCUGUGUUGGGGUAUGUGUAGAUGUGUUGAAAUUUAAUUUAUUUCCACCUUCCUGCUAAGAAAUGAGAAUUUCAUUUCAUUGGAUGUGUCAUGGUUUCAUCAGGCUGUCUAGAUUACGUUCUUCAUAAAAAAACAAUUACUUACAAAAAUGAAUUGUGCCUGCUCUUUACAUUGAGAGCUUUACCUGUUGACAGCAUUUAAAUACAUUUCCUUGCAGAGAUGGGUCUCUUUGCUGAGACCAGUUUAUAUUCUAAAACUGAGCCAACCACAGUGGCUUAUGUCCUGAUAUGACGGUUAGAAGAAGAGGAGGCAUGAAAAAUAGUUCAGUUCUCCUGAUCCAAUAAUACUCAGUGUAUUUCUUCAACUGCUAAGCUAUAGUGCAGUUUGUUGAAUUUGGCUGAUGGUAAUGUGAAUUCAGUUAUCAUGGUUUGUAAACUACUAUUAUGGAUCGGUGUGUUGCACUAAUUCAGCCAAUCACGGCUUACUUAAAAGUGAUAGUUAAAAUAUGGCUUAGCACAAUGCGUAAGUUCAAUAUAGGUAAGAUGGAUGAGCUAGCAACAUAUGCUCACUUUCUGUGCUCUGACAUCAUUUCACCUAACAAACAGAAAAGUCUUGCAUUGUCCUUAUGGUUUGGAUUGGACCAAUGGUUGCCAUCCUUUCAGAGACCUAUGGUGGAGGAAGAGAGGGUGGCUGAAGAAUUUUCAGGAAAAGGAGUAUUUGAACCUUAGAAAAUGCACUUUUUUGCCUCUCUCCUGAAUCCUGAUGUUCAUCAAAUGUUUGAUGGGCCCCCCAUCAAACAAACGAAUUGAGCCCCUUGGGUUUUUCUUUCUCUCCUGUCAUUUUUUGCUUUUUUGUUGUUUUGGGUGACUGUCAGUUGCUAAUCCCAAGGGCUCCUAUGCAGUGCAUAGCUGUUGUACAGAGGUAGAGUAGGAUGCUAAUACAUGAGACCUGUGAGUGAGGUUAGUGUGCUGGCUGCCUGUCUUUUGGUUAGGGUGAGACUGUUGGGAGAUUAAUGACCUUUGAUGUAUUGGGCCUCCCAGGUAGUUGUUGGUGCAACAGCUCUGGAACUGAGGUAGCUGCUGUGACCAAUGUGACAAAUCUAACAUUUGUCCAGAAGAACCUUAGUAUACUUAAUUAUUAAAAUUCCUUUAACAAUGGUAUCACAAUCAAUGCAGUACUUAGAGAUAGGAUACUGCACGUUACUGCAACUUGGAAUUAUUCAGAAAAAAUGUUCCUCAGAAAUGAUUUAGGCUGCAAUCCUAAAAAUACAGAAUCAUCACUUCUGAACACAGUUUGGGAACAUAGGAUUAUUAUUUUCCUAGAACUAUGUUGAUUUUGUGAAUUUAAAACUUUCUCUCCUCACUCUGCCCUUCAGUACAAAUAAAUUGACAUUUAUGUGGAUAAAUGAGAUAACCAGGAUAUAAGUGCUUUACAUAAAUACUAUGUAAUCCUUAAUAUAUUAUAUGGAUUUAAUAGUUUCCAUUAUGAUUAUUCUUUAUACACUUAAAUAAUUUUACUCAGAUGCAUUAUGUACAUUAUGAUCUUUUUGUGCAGUUCUAUAUAUAAAUGUGGGUGUCAGAUAAAUAUGUAUAAAAUUGCAGCCAAAAUGCCGUUUGAAAAAAAAAAUGAGUGAAAUCUAAUUGGAAUGUGGAAGUUACUCUUUAUGUUGAAAUGGCAAACAAUGCUAAGACAAAAUGUGAUUCCCUUCAACUCCUCAUGUGUAAACUGUAUUGAAAUAUGUUAUGUGUCAGUAUUGUGCAAUAAAUUAUC